UCGCAGUGUUCCGUUGUUCAUCCCAGCGGAGGAGUGGAAGAGAACUUUUCUGCUGUUUACUGUUGCGUGCUUUCACGUGAUUUUCAGUGACGGAACGACGCUUUUCUUCUCCGCAUCCCUGCAUUUGAUGAGCAUGACUUUGAAAUCGUCUGCCACUUAACAGCUGUCAUCUACAUCUACGAAUUUCUGAAUUGUUUUACUCAUCAGUCAAGUUUGUAAACAACUUCGUUGUGGAAUUAUUUUCUGAAUUUUUCUCCACAGAGAGUUUGUGAAGCAAUAAAGUCAUUGAAUGGAUUUAAAGACUGAGCCUCCACUGAGGCCUGGCGUUGCUGUCGGCACUGUUGGAAAUGCCGGGCUAUUGGGCUGUACUAGUGCUAACUGCGCGGCCUGCCAGAAACCAAUCCGGGAACGCUAUUUGCUGAAAGCCCUCGAUCAGUUCUGGCACGAAGACUGCCUCAAGUGCGCCUGCUGCGACUGUCGUCUGGGAGAAGUUGGAUCCACACUCUUUACCAAGGCCAAUCUCAUACUCUGCAAAAGAGACUACCUCAGACUGUUUGGCACGACGGGACUUUGUUCUGCUUGUAACAAAACCAUUCCGGCCUUUGAAAUGGUUAUGCGAGCCAAAAGUAAUGUGUACCACUUAGAGUGUUUCGCUUGCCAUCAGUGCAAUCACAGAUUCUGUGUUGGUGACCGGUUUUAUCUGCACGACAACAAGAUAAUAUGUGAAUACGACCAUGAAGAGAGAGCGCUGUUCGCUACUUUACCUUUCACUUGUGCAGGAUUAGCUCAGUUGAAAAGGCAAGCCCAACAGAUCACCGACAGUGGCGUGAGGGAUGACGGAUCCAGUGGCUACGGCAGUGGCGAUUCGCCGUAUGAUGGACGGUAGCAAUUCAAGAAUCACAGUCAUCCAAAUGUAAAUCAGAAGAAACUUU